AUGAGACCUUUGAGAAAUUCACAUCUUUGGGAUAAAAAUGUUGAUAAAGGAUUACAUAUUUGGCUUUCAGAAUAUUAUACAUGGCUUAUAACAUCAAAAUUGGGAGAUCUAGAAUCGAAAGCUAAAAACAAUCAUGGAACAUUUUAUGAUGUCCAAGCAUUGUUUUUAUUAGAUCAUCUUGGUAAAUAUGAUGAAGCUAAAGAGUUUGUUCUAAGAGCUUUGAUAAGUCGUAUAGAAAAUGGAAUUCUUCCAACUGGAGUACAACCUUUCGAAACUGAAAGACCUACAAGUUGGUUUUAUUCAAUUUUUAAUUUACAAGGUUUAUUCAUGCUUGCAGAAAGAGCCGACCAUUAUGGAAUAGAUGCGUGGAAUUAUGUUGGAUCUAGGGGUCAGAGUAUACAAAAAGCAGUAGACUAUCUAUUACCUUUUGCUUUGAAAGAUGGAGAAGGUUGGCCAUUCCCUAAUAUUAAAGGAUUUGAAAUGAACGAUUAUGUUAAAAUAUUAGAGUUAUCAUACAUAAUUUAUAAAGAUAAGAAAUACCUUGAAGCAAUAGAAGUCCUGAGACCAAAGGCUAAAGCUGAACAAGCAGCUGGUUUAAAACUUGCAAAAUGGGAAGAUAAUUAUUUAUGUGAUUUAGCAUUAUUAACAAAUAGAAAUCUUUGGACUUACACGAUACAUAUUCAACCAUAUAAUUUUCAUAGACCUAAAUUUGAUGCAUUAGGCGAUGAAAUUAAUAGAAUUUAUGCAAACAAGGUUGUUCAAGGAGUUGGAUUAUGUAUUUGUUUAUUUGAUAUAUUAAAUGCAAGUGAAGAGAUUGUUCAUUAUGGUGAUGGAGCAAGUUACGCUAGAGUUGUAUUUCGUCCAUUUAUUGGUGAAAUAAUUGAAGGAAAAGUUUCAAGUAAUACAUCGGAAGGUGUAAAAGUGAGCUUAGGAUAUUUUGAUGAUAUAUUAAUUCCGACAAAUCUAGAUGAUUUUUGGAGAUUUGAUUAUAAUUUUCAAGUCUGGGUGAGACUAUGGGAUAGUCAUAUACCAGAUAAUAUGUGGAAGACACCAGAGGAUAAAUAUUUAUACAUGUACAUGGAUAAAGAUCAACCAAUAAAAUUUCGUGUUAUUGAAGAAAAAUUCACUGAUACUGGAUCAAAAGGUCCACCGCCCAAAAGAACAGGAUCUAUAGCCGGACAACCGGUCCCAACACCAGCUCCUUCAUCAUUACCAUCAGAUGUUAUGAUAAAAAGAACUGAAAACGGUAACGAGUCGCCGCUUUUUUCACCGGCAUUAUCAGAAAAAGAUUUAUCUGAAUUUUUCUUACCUGG